GUGCACAGCACCCAUGCACCCCCCAGGGCCCCCCCCUCCCCUGUCCCUCUGUACCCCUAGGAGGUGAGCAGCGGUGCCGGCAGUGCUCAGCCUCCUGCAGACAGACUUGCUAGCAGCUUGCAAGCAGCUGGCAUUCACAGCACUUUGCUCUGCUCCUCAGAAGCCCUAGCACAGGGGUGAGGGGCAGUGGGCUGCUCCGCUGCUCCUCCCCUGCCCUGUGCCUCUGUCACCGAUGUCCCCAUCCUGCUGCCAAGUGGAGGCAGUGAGCACCUCCGGGGCUUUGCUUUCAGGAAGCGCAGAGCCCAAAGCAGCUUUUUAGGGCUGUGUGCAAGGCAGAAUCACUGGUGGGUGCUAGAUCUCCGUGCACCCUGCGUUGUCUCCGUGUCCCCUUAGCUGUGGAAGGGAGGAUGGUGAAGUCAUGGCUUUGGAGGCUGCCUGGUAUUCAGAUGCUCAAAGCCCUUUGAUUCCAGCAGCAGGCUGUGUCCAAAGUUACCCGAGGUCAAAACUGAUUUCCUGCCGCGGCCGUUGUCUGUAAGCUUUUGCAUUACAUUCCGUGAUUGCCAACGUGGUUCCACCACUUUUUAGAUACUGCAGUUUACUCCAGGCAGGCAUAAUUGUGCCAGCCACUAUCUGCUUUGCCAUUCCAGGGGAAAAAUUAAAGUUCUCAUAGGAUGAUACCUUGCAGGUUAUUAGUUAAAGCUGACUUACCUUGAAUGCAGCUCUCAAUGCGCCUCCCCCAGUCCUUCUUCAAAGCAAUGCACGAUGCCAGGCAGCGUUGCUCCUGGUUCCUGCCUUGUGUCUCGGGCAGCAGUGACUUUCUAAGCGAUGCCAGCAGCGUUGUGGUGCUCGGUGUCCCUCGCAGCGCUCCGGAGCUGUUCUAUGUGGCUCUCCAAGAGAGGGCAGUGUGUCCCAGGCAGCGCCGCGAGCCCGGAGCAGCGUCAGCCACCAGCGAGUCCUUCCAUCGAUGCAAAAUGAGUAAUUGACAGGCGUGCUCAUUAGCAGAUGUGCUGGGAGCUGAGCGGUGGGGGCAUGGCAGCGCUUCCUCUUGCCUCACUUUCCCGAGAAGCGUCCCCGUCUGCUCCGCCUGCGUCGCCCUGCCCCACUUUGUGCACUUGGCAGCUGCUCCAGAAGGGAGCAGUUUUCCUGGGGUCCGCGUGGAGCUUCGCCGUGGGGCAGAGCGGAUGGAGAGCUGGUGUAAAGCGUGAGGAAACCGGGGAGAAAAGCAAGAGGGGGAAGCUGACGGGGGUCGUCCUAGGGUAGCGUGUUGCCCAGGAGGUGCCAGUGCCAAUUGCCAUCUCCAAAGCAAAUCUUUCUCUUCCAAGGAGGUGCGUUUUUACUGAAGCAAAAUGUGUCUCCCAGCCCACUGGGUGCUUCCCUUCCCAAGGCUGUUAGCGUGCCCUGGGCUUCCACCCAGCCCUGCUGUGACAUGGGCAGCCCGCUGCCACCCCCAGCCCUGCUCUGCUCCAUCCGAAGCUGCUUUCAUUCUGUUUCUCCUCUUGCUAGAUUUACACAAAGGCCCCUUUGCGGGUGGCUGAUGUCUUGCAGAACUGCCCUAUUAAUCGCUGCUCCGUCAGGAGCACCUCGUUUCCCAGGGCUCAUCAAGGCACUCCGUUUUCUCGCUAAUUGCCUCCAGAAGCUAGGGCGCUUGUGUAACGCAAAGGCACAUUGAGAUAACCUCAGCAAGUUGCUCUGAGAUAAAACCGUAUCCCAGGAGGAGCGGCCACAUUUCAAACCCUGCCACGGAGCUCACUGCACAGCCUGCCUUCCUUCAGGAAGAAUCCCUCAGCUCUCCCGUUUUUCCCUUCUUUGGGCUGCAGGCAGAUUGCUGUUGUGGUUGCUGUUCUUUGUCCGCUGUCUAAAAGGAGGAAAAGGUGAUUUGGGGGGGUCAAAGAGAACGGGGAUGUCCAGAGAAGCAUCUCGUGCAUCUCCCACAAAAGGACACUGUUGCUCGAGCACGUUUUUGUUCCAUUCAGCUCGAUGCGUUUUUUAAAUGUCAUUUUCCAAACAGCUUAAGGAAAUGAGUGUCCCAAAGUAAAACUGCCCAAACCAGCUCCAGUGCAGCCCGAGCGAGCCCUGCUGUUCCCAUGGGCCGUGCCCGGCUGCAUUGCUGCCCGGGAGCACUGCAGGAUGGGAGCGGAGCUGCAGCCCCACGUGUUUACUGAGGAAUGAGUUUCUCCCUUUCCUUGAAAGAAUGAACUCUUGCGGAUGGAAUGCUGCUGUCUGGCUGCGGGGUUUAUUUUCAGCUUCUUCCUCUUUUGCUCCGAGGAAAAGCUGAGCUGGAGCGGGGCUUCCUGGCAGCAUGGCCUGCAGCAGGGCGUGCAGUAACCCAGCACCGGUCCUGGGCUGUGUGCUGGAAGGGGACAGCUUCCUGCCAGCAAGGAGCAGAGAGCCUGCACGUCCCUGGGAGGAAUGGAGGGGGAAACGUGAAACCUUCCCUGCUCGCUCUGCACCGUUCUGCAGUGCUUGUCCGGGUGUGAUUGUCUGGCACUGAUUUAUUUGCCUUGGCACUGAUUUAUAUGCCAGCUCUGGGCGUCUCUUCUGGGGAACAGCAUGGAGCCGACCUCCGGUCCGAUCUCCUUUGGCUAUGUGUAGAGAAGGAAGCAGCAGAAUUACAGCCGGCGUGGGUCACCCCGUUGGGGUCAUUUAACUUGGGGCGUGCUCUGAGCAGCUUCCCCUUGGGCAGCGUGCUCCUUUCCUUUCCCCCUGGGGGUGUUGAGCUCUGUGACCUCCUCCCUGCCCCCAGCCGAGCCCCUCUGCCCCCACAGCACCGUUCCAGUCCUUGGCUUGGGCAGCACUGCUGUGCCACGUCCGCCUGGAGGCAGCCGCAGUCCCUGUGCAGCAGGCAGGGAACGCUGCACACAGCGUGCUGGGGUCACAGCUUGGAGCCCUGCUGCCUGGGGGGGGGGGGGCGGCGGGCAGUGUCACCCCAUGGGUGGCAGCAGGUUGGCUCAGCCCUGGGCUUGUUUCCCCUGCCAGCGAGCGGCAGCGCGUGGUCAUGCUGGGGAAUAUCGUGUUCUUCACCUUUGCCCUGGGAGCAGCAUGUAAAGAAGCGGGGCAGAGUGUAUUCCAGCACGCUGAGGUCAGCUUUGUUUUCCCACUCUGAGCAGGAACAGACCAUCCCUGGAGCGAACCCGCAGCCGGAGGCAGCGUUCUGCGGCGAGCCAAAGAUGGGAGCACGCCGUGCAAAGCUGCUGGCUGGCUGCACGCCGUCCCUCGUGCGUUCACCUUUGUUCACAGUGCACGCAGGAGAACCAGGCAGGGCUGGGGGCAGUGGCAGGGCGUGCCAGGGGAUCCUUCAGACGGUGCCCUGCGAUGGAAGGGGUUUGGGUGCUGGGGGAGCACUGAGCCUGGCGCAGCAGCGAGGUGUACAGCCCCCAUGGGCUUCAGAGAAGCAAAGCCCUGCGCUGCCCACGGCUGCACGCAGCUGUUCUCAGCAGAGCUCGGCCCACGCAGGAGGGGUUUGGGCCGUGGUGGCUCGUCCCGAGCAGGGCCCCGAGCUGUCCCUGCAGCGGGGCCGGAGCAGCUUUGGCAUUUGUCACCUCUCGCGGAGCACCAGAGGCACUUUAACAACUGCACAUGCCUCGCGGGGCUGAGCUGCUUGCUAUUUAAAUCUGCUCGCAAUUUAGAAGCAGCAAUUAUUUUUUUUCGUGCCCUGAAAUCCCACGGAGCUGGAGGGGGGGGGGGGAGGCUGAGCGGUGGUUCGGUGCAGCUGUGAUUUACGGGGGCAAGUUCCCCUUGAGCAAUUAGCAGGAGGCAGCGGGAUGCUGGGACAGCAGCUCUGCUCCUUUUCCUUAUGAAGCACACAAGGAGGGCAGUGGGUCCCUCCAGGCUGCUCUUCCUCACCCCCUUCUGCGGGGGGGCCCCAAGGGGAGGACACAUUCUCCAUGCUCCCGGUGCCCUUCAGCGCCGUGCAUGCUCCCUGCCCUCCCCUGUACUUUAUUUUGGGGGGGGUCUGACCAAGCCCCCUGCAUUUCAGCCCUUCCUGCAAGCUGGGACUGGGCACAACAGUGGGGCCCCGGUGCUGGCAUUCGCCAUCUGGGUCUGAGGGCACGUGGGCUGCUCCCGUGCUGUGUGAGAACAUGGGGGGCAGCGUGGGGGCUGCAGGGGCCCUGACCCUGACCCCAUCCCUCUGCACUUUGCUUUCUGGAGCCCAUGCCCCUCCUUGGUGUCCUGCCCUUGUUUGGAGCGAGGUUUUCCCUUCUGCUCUCACCGUACACAGGGUGGCACUGGGCGCUGCUUUUUCCGGUGGGGUGUUGGUGAGAACUGCUGUUCUCCAAAACCAUGCCGAAACCAAACCAACCCCACUUGGCACGAGGGCUCUUCCUCAUCCUUCGAUUUACUGAGAUGCAAAGGAGACAGAGGCAGAAGGGGCCGGGCAACGCGUGGCCCGGAGCCCAGCGGACAGCGAGUGACGUGGGUUUUGCUUCUUAAGAAAUCUGUUUGUGCUCAGAGCGGGACGGCAGCGGGGCCGGUGUCAGCGCUGUGUUCUUGGCAGCCGGCUGCAUUGAGCAAUGCCUUCCUGGCAGCAGGGGGGGGGGCCGUGCCCCGAGCGCUCCUC